AUGCAAGAAUUAAGUGAUCAAAUAUAUGACCUUUUGGACACUCAUGCAGAUGAGAAUUACAGGGUAUCAGUUGUAAUAGUUGGACCACCUGGAUCUGGUAAGUCAACUAUUGCUAAAGAGGUGUGCGACAAGCUAAAUAAUGACUACAAAAAUUAUCUUAAAGAAACAAACAAAAAAAUUGUUUUAGUGGAUGGGCCUAAAAAUGUAGAUUUAACAAACUCACUUCAACUUAUAACACCUUCUCUACAGAAAGAAAUGGAAGAGAACAAUGGAAUCCUUCCAUCCCUGGUGGAAAAUAUUGACUUCACACCAGUUAAAUGUAUUGGUCAAAAAGAUCCACAAUCCACAGUAGCAAUACUCGGAAGGGGAGGUAUUCCCAAUUCAAUAUAUAUUGUUGAAAAUAAGCAACGGAAUGAACCAAUGGCGUUACCUUCACAAGUUAAUAUUGCCCAGAUUGUGCCCAUGGAUGGUUUUCAUUUGUCUAGGGCCUGUCUUGACAAGUUCAAAGACCCAGAACAGGCUCACCUUAGAAGAGGCUCACCAGCAACAUUUGAUAGCAAUAACUUUGCAGAACUCUGUAGGAUUUUAGCCAAGACAUCAGUCAUUUCUCCCACGAAAGUUCCCACAGUCAACCUAUGGGAAAAAAUUUCAACGACCUUUUAUAAGAACAUGCCAGAUAUCUAUCUUCCUAGUUUUGAUCAUGCCAAGAAAGAUCCCACAAUUAAGGGCACCCUAAUUUCAAAAUUUACCAGAGUCUUGAUAUUCGAAGGCUUGUAUCUAUUAUAUGAUAAAGAAAACUGGAAAACCAUAUAUUCCACCUUGACAGAUACCGGCGCUGUUAUCUUUCUAAAUGUCAGUGUCCCCGAAGCAGUCUUGGAAGAUAGGGUGGCACGUAGGCAUGUAAAGAGUGGACUAGUAGAUACUAUAAAUGAUGGGGUGCUGAAGUUUCGGAAAAAUGAUUUAUUAAAUGCUAGAGAUAUAGCCUGCCAUACUAUUUCCUCUAAUCUUAUUCAAACUAUUGAAAACAUCUAG